AUGCUAGUUAUUUUCUCAAAGAAAAAAAUAAUAGAAGUUAAGGAAGACUCAGAUGCACAGGAUGGAAAGCAGCUAGACACUGAUCUAAAUAUAUCAAAAGAUUAUAACAUAAAGAAACCACUAGUAGCUUACUCUGAAUCUCUCCAGGUAGCUAAGUCAGAUGGAACUCAGAGCAAGAUACCAGUAUGCCCGGGUUUAAAGACGGGAUCUGCAGUACAGUGUAACAGGAGAAGAAAUAGACUCACCAAGACCAGGUGUUUACAGAAUUUGGAUGUAAAAGUAACUGAAAAUAAAGCGACAAAGAGCAAACUGGUAAAGUCUAAGGGUGAAAAGUGCAGAGAAACCCCAAAUUAUUAUAAUAGCUUGCCAUCCACAGUAGGAAAGAAUCCAGUUGUAAAAUUAUAUGACUGUCGUUACCUUAAUACAUUUGUAAAGUCUUCAGUUGAUGCAACCAACUGCAGUUACAAAAUUGGUGGUGGAUUCUUGCAUGUAGCACAGGGUAAGAGAGAGACUUUUUGUCCUGACAGUGUUAUGGGACAGAGUGAUAUGAAUAGCAAGCUUAAUGUAAUGCAGAUGUCCACACAGAAAAGUAUAUCAUUUGACAAAGAAGGAAUAUGCCAAAAUAGAAAAAAUUGUCAAAAUGAAAACAGUAAGUGCUUGAGGGAAAGAAAGUGGAGUAUUGAUAGAAAGCCCAGGAAAAGGAUGAAACUUUUUGAAAAAUCAUCAGUCCGGAAUGUUCUCCCAGUUAUGGACAACAAAUACUGUGAAUAUGAGUUACAUACGGAAGAUAAAACUGCCACAACAGACCCUUUAGCAGUUCUAGAGUUAAAUAGCAAUGAAACUACUUCCUCAUCUUCGUUUGAUCAAAAAUCAAAUCCCCAUCUAGAACCAAAUACUCAAGAAGCACAAAAUGGUUGUACUGCCUCGGUUAAUAGAAAAAUGCACUUGAAACCCUGUGCAACAGAAGGUAGUUCUGAGAAUAGACUUCAGCUAUCUGAAAUUGCAAAAGGAGAAAAGGGUGGUUUUGAUUCAGAAAGUAUAGAACAACAAGACCGCUUGAAUACCUCAAAUAGUCCAGAAGUGGUUACUUUGAUUAAUGACAACAUUUCUGAUUACUACAAUGAUGUCAGUUGCCAAAAGAAAGAGAGGAUAGUGUCAAAUGAAAAACUGAUAAGUAAUGUUGAGAAAUUACAGCUAUAUAGCUGUCAAAGAAUAAUACCAAUGUCUGGUAAAAAUGUUUGGCCUCGUGAAUCAUGUGCUAGGACUUCUGAAUGGUUUCAUAAAAAUCACGUGUCUGUCCUGGAAGGAAAAACUUCAACUUCUGGUUCUCAGGAAUGCUCAUAUGAAAACAAUACCGAAGCUGUAAGAGAUAUGGUUUUAACUGAUAACUCCAGGCAAUUAGAGCUAAGUAUGUUAGAGGCAGAAAGUGUCAAAGAAUCUGCAUGUAAAAUAACAAUGGAUUCUAACAUUGAAUGUCUGACUUCUGUUAGAACACCAGAGUCGUCAUUAUUGGAUAUUUGUGGGACUUUGAGAGUCACCUGUAAUGAAAAUCUAGAGUCAUCAGUGGAUAGUAGUCCCAUAGCUUCUAAGUCUGAAGCUGUCCAUGAAGCUCAGAUGAUCUUAAAUUUGGCAGUAAAACAAAAACAAGAUGAUAAAAACAAAGGCGCUUUAGCAAAGAAAAAUCUGAUGAUGGCACUCCAUGAUGGUAUAUCUGAAGAUGACAAUACAAGUAAAAUGAUUGUUAAUCAUAAGACAUCAAUGAUGAAAAAAACAGUUACAAUUCCAAACUUAAUGAAAAUGUUAUACCCGGGAAAUCUAUCAAAUUUCAAAAUUCCUUUACGCAAAAAUAAAACUGAAUCCAGGAAAGUGGACUGUAUUAGAUCAUUAGAUAAAGAAACAUACAGUCCACUGGAACGUCUUCACAAAUCUGCUGCUGCUUCAGCAAGGCAGAACAGAGCCGAGGAGAAUUCCUCUAUAGUAGUCUCUGAGCAGCAACCUAUCUCUGAAGAGGCAGAUAUCUCUGUAAUCCCCUCAAAGGAAAAUGCUUACCAAAUGAGCAGUAAGGACUUUGGCAGUGGUGGUUCUGAAAGUCUUUCAAAUGAAAUAAAUAUACUUUCUGAACAUGUUUCUACAUAUCAGUGUGCUUUUCUUGAGGGAGAAUUGGAGUCAUCUGCUCUUGAGGAUGUUACUGACUCUUCUGCUACUGCACCUAUAGAGCAAAGUCGCACACUAGAUUGUUCCAGUAAAACAGUUGACCAUUCUGUUUCAUUAGAAAUGCAUGAUGAUGAUAAAAAGAAGUCAAGAAUGGAUCUUGCACAGAGUAAGAUUAAAAACUUUCCAGAUGUUCUUAAGGCUUAUGAAGAUGAUAUUCUUGUGAUUGAUGUAAUUCAGGAUGACCCUGACCUUUUUGGAACCACUGAUGAAGGGGAGCUUGCAUUCACAAUGAACCAUGUGACUGAAAAGCACUGUAAUAUCAGUACUACCUCAGAGGAAAAACAGGAUGUCAAGCCAAAAUGCCUUAUCCUUCCAGAAACUAAGGAUUCAAGGGAUUACUUUAGAGAGAGUCCCAUUCAAGAAUCUGGAACAUUGAAAUCUGUCACAGAUUCAUAUGAUGCACUGCUAAUGGCUAAUAAGAUUCAAAAACAUGAUUCCUCAAGUGGAAGCUGUCCUUUGGGAGGUGUAAUUGAGGAGUCUUUUGAGGAUGGGCAGCUGAUUGAAUCAGAUGAACUCUUAAAGGAUUUUCAUAUGGAUGAGAAGUACAGAUUUUCAGGCAAGUCGGACGCUAUAAAAGAAGAAAAAGUAAAUAUUCAUGAAGCUGAAAAAAGCAAUGAUUCUAAAUAUAUAGAAUUUGUGAGCAGUGAACUUCAGUUAGGAUUGCAACUGCCAUCCCUGCAAAUAAAUGCCUACCAGGAAGAGACAGUACUGAAACCCUGGAUCAGUGAUUUCAGAUACUCAGGAAAAAGCUCUCUUUUGCCGUUGCCAAAUUCUGACUGUUUAGAACCAUGGAAAAUGGACAAAAAUGUGGUGGUUUCCCAUCUGAUCCAGCAGAACCUUGGGAUGAUUGAGUUGCCCCGUAAAUAUUGCAGAUUUUAUUUCAAUACAUUGCGUGGCUGUGAGAGAGUGGAAUGUUGGUUUUGGCAUGUUCCUGAACAAGGAGAUGAAAAGAUUUGCAUGGCAAUACUUAAGACGUAUAUAAAUAUCAAUGAAUCAAGUUUGCUACAACGUUCAGUCCAGAUAUUUAUGAAUUACUACAGAGAAGUUGCUCCUGGUGUGCAUUUUGAUUCACAAGUGCUGAAUGAUCUUCUCAUUUCUUUGAUCAAGUGUUGUUUGUUGAAAGAAGUAUUUCAGUUGUUAAAUGUUGCUGUAAUGAUUAAAAUGCUGCCAGCUGUUGAUGUAUUCCUGAAGGUGUUUGAGCAUGUGGCUUCCAUGAAUAUAAGAGAUGCUAUGCCUUCAUUAAUAGAUAUCUUUUAUAAGCUUUUUGAUGCUGGGAUGGUUUUUGAGCUUGAACAUUUUAACUGUAUUGUUAAGUUCCUUCACCAACUGCAAGUUUCCAGUCAAGAAAUUAAUGUUAUUUUGAACAUGAAAUCAAGAUUUCAGGCAAGACAGUUUAAAAAGAACUGGCUUUGUGACUUAAAUUUGGCAAUAGCUGAAAUUCAGCUCUGUAAAGAAAAAGGUGACUGGGCCAAAUUGGGAACUUUAUAUGUUAAUAUGAGAAUAGGAUGUGAAAAUUUUGGUGACCUUCAGAAAUUGACUUUAUAUAUUGCUGACAUGCUAACAAGAGACUCCAAGGAAGAGAGACCAGGAGUUCCUUUUUGUGAAUUUGCUGAAGCAGUUAUCAAAAAUCCACAAUAUAAUGAAGCAGACAAAGAUUUCCUGGGAAGGAUUGGGAUCAGUGUAAUGUAUUCUUAUCACACAGUACAGCAAUGGUCAAAGGGCAGGAAGGUUUUGGAUAAACUACAUGAACUGCAGAUUCAUUUCACAAGCUUGAAAGGACUUAUUGGUCCAGAAAGGUUAGCCUCAAGAUGCCAAAUUGUUAAUGCUGCUGCAGAAAUCUUCCUUAAAAGUGGAAGUCUGGAUGGAGCAACAUGGGUAUUGAGAGAGUCAGAAUGGAUAAUAAAUACACCAUUGUGGCCCUGCGAUAGAAUGGAUGUCCUCAAUCGACACAACCUGCUGUGUGCAAUUGCAUGUGAAUGUUUGACCAAGAAUCUAUAUAGACAAGCAUUUGAAGUUCUGCAGAAUCUACCAGGUUUCCAAAAUUGUUGUGACACUCUAGAUGUUUCCCAGUACAGCCUUCUUUUUAACAAACUUCUUGAUUCCUGUAUUGAGAGCAAGGGCCUUGGUAUAUCUUCUUCUGUAACAGACUUUAUGCUGUCAAAGAACAUCCCCAUUGAUUUUACUUUAAUUAGAGGAUUAAUUACAGCAUUGGGAAGGAGCUGUUUGUGGCUUAAAGCCAGGAUCUAUUACAAAAGUGCUUUAUCAUUGGGUUGCUACCCACCGCUAGAGGGAAAUUUAUACCGCAAGCUUUUACUGAUUCCUUCUUACCUGUCUGAGAUUGAGAUGUUGCUGGCCAUUGAAAUAUUCCUAGUUUCAAAUGCUAGUAAUAUUCAGAGUCCGGGUGCCACCAAUCAGAUACUUCAGAUAGUACUGAAAAGAUCUGAAGAACAAAAAGUGCGGAGUAAAGAUGACUAUCAAGCAGCAGUUGAGAGACUGAUUCAAGCUGCUCGUAUAUCUAAUCCAAAGCUUUUUCUUAAGCACAUGACAAUGAAUAUUAAUAUGGAACAGGUUUACAGUUUGGAACAUAAUUCUGCUCUGAAAUGGCUGAAAGAGAAUAUGAAAUGGGCUGGAAAGGUCUGGCUUUUCAGUAGUCAUUAGUUGGUAAAGACUUUUUUUUUUUUUUUUUUAAUAGUUG